AUGUACUCAGAAUAUACCACCAUCUACACUAGAACCCCCCGGUCUUUCCUCUUCGCUAUUAUUGCGAAUGUCGGCCCCGACGGGACCACCCGCCCCCUGGCCGUGGCCUACCGCCAACACCACGACGAAUACAACACCUAUACGUUAUACCCACGAGUGCGCCAUAUGGUAGCUGAUACCCUCGCACUAAUCGACAACCUCUCUGAUCCCGCAAACCGCGCACAACUAGAAGCCGAGACGGGGCUCGCAAACGACUGGUAUCGUCAGUCGUUAGGGGACGAGCUUCCCACACAUGAACGGCCUAGCGUGCCGGACACCGAGCAGCCCCCCUAUAUGCCCAUAGUCGACUCCACGGGGCUACCUCUAUCGACAGUCUUCCGAGUAGACUGUCUCGAGUAUGGCUUGGUUGUUCUCGACAUCUCCGAUCUUGAUCGUGUGACGUACGGCAUUGCCGCGUUUCCUACAUGCUAUAUGGCUACGGUUCCGUGCGAAGACGAGAACAUAGACUGGGAUCCAGUCGAGGACGAGCAGCCGGACCAGGUGGAUCUUGUCCUGGCUAGUCCGCGUCCUCGUGUGUUGUUGUCGAUUGGGCAGUGGGUGCGGAAGUAUUGUGAGUGGUUGUCGGUGGAGGAGGCGCCACGUAUCCUCGAACUGGAGGAGAGGCCGGUGGCUACUGCGACAACGCUGGAUUCAGAUAUCUGGCCACCGGGGCUGGAUGACCUCCCUCGAUCCGUGGUGGAGAUGGGAGCCUCCGGUACCUCUAGCGUGACUAUGGCAGACGAGCCGCGGCACACUAUCCCGAUAGGAACGAUAAGAACGACAGGAACGGGCGGGUGA